UCCGCGCCGCUGAGCACAGUGUACUGAACCGCGGACACGCACACCUUGUUGCAUGAACGCUCCCUGGGGCGGAGCGUAAGCGCCCAAAUUUUAUUGGAAACUGCGUCAGCAACGGCAGGUUACUCACCCUGCAGCUCGGGGACUGGCACUGGUCUCACGCAGGACAGUUGCUUUGUGUUGACAGCGGGGUCUUCGCUCGUGGGGUGUUGCGCACCUGUGGGGCUGCAGCAGGGAGGGAGGGGGCGGCUUCGGUCGGCCGCCCAGCGUCGGACGGUGGGGAGGAACAUUGACGAAAGUCUGCCGGGAGCACUGUGGAAAGGAGAGGAACGGUAAGAUUGCAACAUCAGAUAGGAGAGGAAACUGUUCCAAGAGCAAUUGUUCGGAGGGAUUUAUUGAUUAAACUCCGGCGGCGAAGGACGAGUGCGGAGAAUGUGUUGGAGUGAGUGCAUGAGGCGCUGCCCCGGCUUUUAAGGAACAUUUGCAGAUCGUGCCGCGUCCAACUUCAGGACACGUUCAGCUACUGAUUCUUAAUUGAAAAUGACUGCACGUUGCUGGUUAUCCUGUGGUUCCUAGCCUUUGUGGAGUGUCGUUAUAAUUGAGUGGGCAAGAGCAGAGGCUUCAGACCUGAGCUAAUGAUACAUUUUGCAAUGAGACAUCCAGCAAGCACUUGGCAUCUUUUGAUGCUGUUGGGGAGCUUGGUUCAGCUGAGCAGUGCGGACUGUGAGGCAGCAAAGAAGGAUGUGGAGUUGGACAUGAACAUGCAGUACAACUUUUCCAGCUUUAAUGCAGAAACUUUAAUACAGAACUUAGUUCUCCACAAUCAGCGUGUUUAUGUAGGGGCAACAAAUAAAAUCUAUGUCCUGAACAGUAACCUAGAAAAGCUCUCUGAAUUCAAAACUGGCCCUGUACUGGAAUCCUUGAACUGUUCCCCAUGUGAUAACUGUGAGGAAAAGGAAGACCACUCCGAAUCUGUGUGGAGAAACAAUACUAACAUGGUUUUGCUUGUCGAAACUUUCUAUGGAGAUCAGCUUAUUAGCUGUGGCAGUGCAAGGAAUGGUGUUUGUUUCCUCCACAAUCUCGAGGAAAAUGCUCUUGCCAAUUUUUCAAACAAUGCCCAGUGUAUGUACUCGUUUGCCAACAACAACCAUGGCAUGUGCCCAGACUGUAUUGCCAGCCCCCUGGGAACAAAAGUGUUGAUGAAGAAGAAUGAUCGAUUUAUGAAUUUGUAUAUCGGUGCAACACUGAGCUCUGCUCCUCUGUCAUUGCAGUUACAUUCAGUAUCCAUAAAGAGGUUAAAGGAAUCCGAAGAUGGCUUUCAGUUCGUCUCUGAACAUUCAUAUAUGGAUGUUAUUCCACAAUUUAGGGACACCUAUCCAAUUAAGUAUCUUUACACUUUUGAAAGUGGGAACUAUGUGUAUUUUUUAACUGUGCAACGUGAAAGUUUGCGUUCAAAGUCAUUUCACACCAGAAUUAUUCGGCUGUGCACCUCAGAUCCUUUCUUGCACUCCUAUGUUGAAAUGCCACUAGAAUGUAUUAUCAGUGAAAAACGAAGGAAGAGAUCCUCGAAUAUCGAAGUCUUUAACAUCCUUCAGGCUGCGUAUGCAGCCAAACCAGGUGCAGAUUUUGCUGAGCAAUUAGGGAUUUCUACUGAAGAGGACGUACUCUUUGCAGUAUUUGUGCAAAGCAAGCCAGAAUCUUUGGAACCUACCAAUAGAUCAACUGUCUGUGCAUUUUCUGUAAAAUUCAUCAAUCAAUUCUUUGAGCUGUUCAUUGACAGGUGUCAGAAAGAAAAUCUUCCAAAAGGCCUUCGCCAUUUUCACAGUGGUGCUGAUAGAUAUUGCGUCAAUAAAAGCUCCUCACCCAAAGAGAAGGCUUGUGGAGGAAACAGUGAUGGAUUUCAGAUGGAGAGCGCAAUUCCUGCACAACGGCUGGACCUGUUUCUUGGGCAAUUCCAAAACACCUUGUUAACUUCAAUUGCAGUCUUCACACAAGGAAAAGUAACAAUUGCAAAUCUGGGAACUGCCGAUGGUCGCGUUAUGCAGGUGGUGAUUUCACGAACUGAGCGAUCAACACCUCACUUCAAUUUCCAGCUGGAUUCUAAUUCAGUGUCUCCUGAAGUAUUGGUUGAGCAAUCUGGAUCUGAAAAUGGUUAUCUAAUCAUCGUUACAGGGACGAAGAUAAGCAAAUUACCUUUAACAGCUGCAAGGUGUGGCUAUUUCUUGUCAUGCAGUAAGUGCUUAACAGCUCCUUCCUUCAUGGGCUGUGUCUGGUGCAGUGGUAGGUGUUCCAGAAUGCAGGAAUGUGUGACUCAUGUGUGGAAUAUCUGCCCCCCUGUUAUCAGUGAGAUCUCCCCACUAACUGCACCUUUGGAGGGUGGAACGAGGCUGGUCAUUUGUGGAAGGAAUUUUGAAGCAAUGAAAAAUAAAGUAAAUCCUAAAAUGACUGCCAUUAAUGUUGGCAAUGCGAUCUGCAAAUUGGAGGCAAACAAAAGCAGCAGGAACAGACUUCUUUGCAUAUUGGAAGCAUUUAAUACCACACAAGAUUAUAAUCCAGUCCAUAUUAAUUUAACAUUGAACAAAAGUUUGACAACACGAGCAGUCGGCUUUUCUUUUGUGAAUCCAGCUAUUACUCGCAUCUCUCCCCAUCAUGGCUCAAAAUCGGGAGGAACCAUACUAACAAUCACGGGAAAAUACUUGAACAGUGGAAGCAGAAGGGAAGUUUUAAUUGGAGGAAAAGUGUGUGAUCUCAAAAGUAUUUCCGAAACAAAGAUUGAGUGUAUUACUCCAGCCCAUGCUGCCCGACUGAAGUAUCCUGUGGUUUUGAAAAUAGAUGCUGCCGUCCGCGAAUUCAAAAAUUAUUUCACAUAUGUGGAAAAUCCAUCUAUCACUAAUAUUUAUCCAGCUUGGUCAUUCAGCAGUGGAGGCAGCACAGUAACAGUGCAAGGAAUUAAUUUGAAUUUUGUACAAACCCCCCAGAUGGUAAUCACUGUACAACAAAUAUCAAAGACUUUUCAUGCGGCAUGUAGAUAUGAGGAUAACUUGAAGGUGAUCUACUGUCAAACUCCCCCUCUGGAUCGCUUUAAGCUCACACUACCCACACAAGGCAAAGCAUCUUUUAUCUUUGACAAUGUCACUGUGGGUUCCUUUGAUUUUGGAUAUACGGAAGACCCUCUGUUUGAGACAUUUAAAGUUCCCAAGGAGAUCAAAAAGAGUGGCAGUAAUGUACUUGAGAUUAAAUUUCAAGGAGCACAGAUUAAAUCUGAAGCUAUUGAUGGUAAAAUACUAACAAUUGGAAACCAGAGCUGUGAGCAAAUACACCUGAAGCCAAAUACCUUGAUUUGUAUCAUACCUAAGGAACUUCUGGCUUCAAGAAGUGAACUGGAUGUGGAAUGGAAAAAAGCAAAUUCAUCAAUUUAUUUGGGAAAAGUUAUCAUCCUUGAAAAUAAGAAUUUUAUUGCACUGGUUGGUGUGAUUGUGAUAAUGUUACUGGUUCUUCUGAUACUUGGAAUAUUUAUUUGGAGGUACAAGAAGAAACAGAUGAAAGAUAUAAACCCAGAUGUAGUGCGGUAUGAUGGAGGAACGCAUACACUACACCUGGAUAGACUUGUGAAUACAAGAGCACGAAACAGUAUCACUGCAGAAAUGAUCUCUCAUGAAUCCUCUGACUAUCGAACAACUCUUCAAGAAGAUCCUUUUCAGAAUUUGACGCAAGGAGCAUCAUAUAGGCAAGCCCAGUUUUCUCACUCAGAUCUGACUUGCAUAUUGUCAAGUGGGGACUUGGAUUCAACCACACCAUUACUGCAGGGCGAUGUGAACAUCAGCUUCAACAGCUUGGACUCUGAACUACUGAAAGAAGUGCAGCACAUGGUUAUCAGUGCUGAUGCUCUCACAAUGCACACCACAGAGGUGAUAGGAAGAGGUCACUUUGGCUGUGUAUGCCAUGGAACACUCAUUACUCAAGAUGGGAAGCAUAUUCAUUGUGCAGUGAAGUGCCUCAACAGAAUCACUUGCAUUGAACAAGUAACCCAAUUUCUGAAGGAAGGAUUAAUAAUGAAAGAUUUCAAACAUACUAAUGUUCUCUCCCUGCUUGGAAUCUGCCUUCCUAACCAAGGAUCCCCUCUGGUAGUUCUGCCAUACAUGAAACAUGGUGACCUACGGAACUUUAUCAGAGACGAAAGUCAUAAUCCAACAGUAAAGGAUCUUAUUCGUUUUGGACUUCAUGUUGCAAAAGGAAUGGAAUACCUUGCAAGCAAAAAGUUUGUUCACAGAGAUCUUGCAGCAAGAAACUGCAUGCUGGAUGAAAACUACACUGUAAAAGUGGCUGAUUUUGGGCUUGCAAGAGAUAUAUAUGAGAAGGAAUAUUACAGCAUUAAUAAUAAAAGCGGUGCUAAACUGCCAGUGAAGUGGAUGGCCCUGGAAAGUCUGCAGACCCAGAAAUUCACAACCAAGUCUGAUGUGUGGUCUUUUGGAGUACUGCUGUGGGAGCUGAUGACACGAGGAGCACCACCUUACCCUGAUGUUGAUUCAUUCGAUGUCACUGUUUACCUAUUACAAGGGAGAAGGUUGCUGCAACCUGAAUACUGUCCUGAUUCACUAUAUACAGUAAUGCUAAAAUGUUGGCACCCAAAACAUGAAAUCCGCCCAACAUUUUCUGAAAUUGUUUCAAAUCUGUCGUCGAUUCUUUCCAAUUUUACUGGAGAUCACUACAUACAGUUAAAUACAACCUACGUGAACAUAAACUGCGGAGUACCCUAUCCACCUGUUUAUUCAUCUCAAGAUAACUUGGAUAGAGAUGCUCAUGCAUGAUCAAUGGCAGGUUUCUAUAAAGGAUAUUUUAUCAGCAGGCGAAUGCAAGAAAUCUGUUCCGGACAUUACAGGGGAGAAGCCCUAUAUUAAAUGUGCUGCUGGCUCAGUAGUAUCAACUAUGCUGAACCCUUAACAACUACGUGACAGAGAUGAACUAUAAUUAAAGCUGUCUGUCAUUGAAAAACGAUGGUGUCUGCUCUCACCCCCCUCUCCCCUGGAACAGAUCAAAGAUAGAGUUCCUCUGGUACUUAUCGUAAACCCCACCAGUCUUCACAUUCAAAGCAUUGUCUUUCAUGAUUUCUGCCAGCUCCAAUGUGACCCCACCACCAGUAACAUCUCUGCUCCUCCCCUUUAUGCAUUUCACCGGGACUGCUCACUUUAUGGUUCUUCCAUGCGAGUGGAGUGAGAUGCAGCACCUGCCCAUUCACCUCUUGCUUUUCCACCAUCCAAGGACCCAGAUGAAGCAGCAAGUCGCUUGCACUUCUCCCGACCGAGUCUACUCUAUUCAUUGUUCACAACGUGGCUUCCUCUGCAUUGGAGAAACCAAAACCAGAUUGGGUAAUCGCAGAGCAGAGCAUCUGCACUCAGUCUGUCGGGGUGAUCCUGAACUUCCUGUUACAUGCCACUUUAAUUCUCAGUCCCACUAUCUUCCCAACCUGCUCUCUGCAACCUCCUCCACCGCCACAGUGAGGCCCAGAGUAAAGUGGAAGAACAACAUUAAACCCUCCAUCCAGGCACUUUGCAACUGUCUGGAAUGAACCAUUAUCUCCAACUUGAGGUAAACUGCUCUCUCAUCAUUUCUCAUUAUCAUACUUAUGCCCCUUUCUUACCCUGUUUCUUCUAAAUGCCUUACAAAUGGUCGGUACUUGUACUCCUUAUCAUUGAUCUGUCUUAACCUAUCUUUUGUCUUGCACUCCUUAUCAUUGAGCUGUCUUAACCUAUCUUUUGUCUUGCACCUCACUCCUUCCCCCAGCUCUGCUUUGAAAACUGUAAACCUUCCACUCCAGUUCUGAUGCAGGAUCUCGACCAUCCCUUUGCCUCCAUGGGUGCUGCUCAGCCCACUGAGUUCUUCCAGCAGUUUAUUAUUUGCUCCGGAUUUCAGUAUCUGCAGUCGCUUGUGUCUCCAACCCUCCACUCUACCCCUCGUUCUGAGGAAGGGUUGCUGACCCAAAACGUUGACUGCUUUCUCUUGCCACAGAUGCUGCUUGACUGGCUGAGUUCUCCCAGCAUUUCUGUCUUUGUUGUUGUCGUUGGAAACUUGUUCAUAGCUUCUGCUGUAAAAUAAUGUUGUUCUGUUGACUGCAGGAGAAAAAAGUCAUGAUAGAUUUAAAGAAAAAUUCCAUCCUGAAAAAUUAAUGAAGUGUUCUAUUUUUUUAAUAAGAAUAGGUUUAUUUUUAAUUAAUUAAGCAUCAAUAGCAUCAUUAAAACUGGACCAUAUUAUUGCAUAUAAAACCUUUUAUAAAUUAAUGUUUUUCCUUAAUUUCUCAUAUCAUCUGUAUACUUGUGUUAAUGAAAUAUACUUGAUUUACCAGAAUCACUAGUAUUGCAAUUUUUUUGAAUAGAAUCCAGUGAAAGUGAAAUGUUAAAAUAAUCACUGUGGUAUCUGCAAUAUCCUGUUUCUGCAAUUUACUGUAUCUAGUAUUAAAUUAUUAAAUGCAAAACUGUUGCCUUCAUUCUGAUAAAAUAUAUGACCAAUUAAUGAA